AUGAAAUUUUCCGCCAUUUACCCUCUCGGCCUGAUCCUAGGCACGGCCCGCGCAAUCAACAUGACGGACUACGCAGCAACCUGCAGUGUUGACCGAGACUUCAAACGGUGGUACAGGGAAUUACUCGGAGCCUUCGAAGAUUCGACCACGACCGACAGUGUCACCAAUUUCUUUGCGCCCGGAGGCGCCUUGGUCCUCGGAGGGUCUCGUAUCACGGGCGGAGAGGCCAUUCUAGCAGCCCGGGGCGCGAUCCUACCCGCUGACGGAUCCAUCCAAUGGAAUCACUUCCCCAACGUCACCGUCGUCGCUUCAGAGACGCCAACAAACAAGUCGUUCGAGGUCACUGGGGUCCUGCAGAUAACCCUUUCCGCCAACGCGAGCUGCUCGACAACAUAG